AAAAGGUCCUGCCGAGCAGGGUGGCGGUGGCUCGGCUUCCUAUAUGGGCCAUACUAUUUCGAGGAAAAGCACUAAUCCGAAAGCGGAGAAAAAUCACCUCCGCGCCCCCCUGAGGGGGAAGGUCCCUCCGCCGCCACGGACCUGGACCUGCUUCCUCCGGGGGCCCUGCAUGCUGUGUUUCUUGGUCCACAGUGCCAGGCCACCCGCCGCGAAGGACCAGCCGUCGCCUUCCUUCCCCUGCACGGCUGCGAAGCCCUCCGGCGACCGCCACGUUCGGCGCCUUUUGCGCUGGCCUCCCGUGUCGGUCUGGGAAGAGCAGGGUCGCCGCCGUUUGCUCUUCUCCAGCCUGCUCUUUUCGACGCCUCUUCUUCCUUCUCCUCCGCCGCCGCCGCCAGCGCGCCGGGGCUUCUUCGGGUCUGCGCUGGAGAGCAGCGAGGCUCCCGUGGAGAUGGUGUGCAAGCGCAAAGGGAUCGGGCUGCGCGCCUAUCCGCCGCGGAAACAGCCCCGUUGCGCCAUCCUCCGGGGAAAUGCGGCGGGUCCCGGCGCCCCUUCGCCGCCCUCGACCGACCCCGCCGAAUGCCAGCAGGUGCUCUUGCCCGAGCAGCACCUCUGCCCUCUGCCCCGCGCCGUAGACUGUGCCCGGGAAGCUUCGCCUAAAGACUCCGUCGCCGAGGAUGGGAAGGAGAUAAUCCCAAGUAGCUCUCCCUCGCACCUGCCGGAGCUCGAUGGGAGAGAGAGGCCCGAGCCGGGCGAACCUUACUGUGAAGAACCCCCCGAAAACCCGGAGGACUGUUGCCAAGAAUCGCAGCCACCGCUGCUGGAUAUUAACCAGCUGCCUCCCUCCAUCCUUCUCAAGAUAUUUUCCAAUUUAUCUUUGAAUGAGCGAUGUCUUUCAGCAUCAUUGGUUUGUAAAUACUGGCGUGACCUCUGUUUAGAUUUCCAGUUUUGGAAACAAUUGGACCUCAGUAGUCGUCAGCAGGUCACUGAUGAAUUACUGGAAAGAAUUGCAUCGCGAAGCCAGAAUAUAACUGAAAUCAACAUUUCUGAUUGUCGUAAUGUGACUGAUACUGGUGUAUGUAUGCUAGCAUCUAAGUGUCAUGGACUUCUAAAAUAUACUGCAUAUAGGUGUAAACAGCUGUCUGAUACAUCUCUGUCUGCUGUUGCCUCACAAUGUCCUCAGCUUCAGAAAGUUCAUGUUGGCAACCAAGAUCGUCUUACUGAUGAAGGUCUUAAGCAGUUGGGCUCAGAAUGCAGAGAAUUGAAAGACAUUCACUUUGGGCAGUGUUACAAGAUCUCAGAUGAAGGAAUGACCAUUAUAGCUAAAGGAUGCCUGAAGUUACGGAGAAUAUACAUGCAGGAAAACAAAUUAGUAACUGAUCAGUCUGUUAAAGCAUUUGCUGAGCAUUGUCCCGAGUUACAGUAUGUUGGGUUUAUGGGCUGUUCUGUUACAUCUAAAGGAGUGAUACAUCUUACUAAUCUAAGAAACCUUUCCAGCUUGGACUUACGUCAUAUCACAGAACUGGAUAAUGAAACUGUAAUGGAGAUAGUAAAGAAAUGCAGAAACCUUACCUCUCUCAAUCUGUGUCUGAAUUGGAUCAUAAAUGACAGAUGUGUGGAGGUCAUUGCUAAAGAAGGACAGAAUUUGAAAGAACUUUAUUUGGUAUCAUGUAAGAUCACAGAUUAUGCCCUGAUAGCCAUUGGAAGAUACAGUAUGACAAUAGAGACAGUUGAUGUGGGGUGGUGCAAAGAAAUCACAGAUCAGGGAGCCACCCAGAUUGCUCAGACUAGUAAAUCACUCCGAUACUUGGGACUGAUGAGAUGUGAUAAGGUGAGUGAAGUGACUGUGGAACAACUGGUACAGCAACACCCACAUAUCACCUUCAGUACAGUGCUACAAGAUUGCAAGCGGACCUUGGAACGGGCAUACCAGAUGGGUUGGAUACCCAGUAUGUCCAGUGCCUCUUAACUCAUGCUAUGGCAUUAAAAAAAGAGAUUUAAACUGAACAAUUGAAAAUGGUUAAGGAUUUUUAAUUAAUAGUUCUUGCUUUUUGUUAAAUAUAUGUUUUGUGUAUGUAUAUGCAAGAGAGAGAGCAUGGGUGUAUGGCAGAUGUUUAUUCAGUCUUUUAAUGGAAAUAUCAGAAGAAAAAUAUGGUCAGAUAUAUUUAAUUUUUCUGAAAUGUUUAUUUGUCAAUUUAAAAUCUGCAAAUCAGUAGAUUUUGCAGAGAGCUUGCCCUUUUUUGUAAAUUGAAUGUUUACAUAAACUAGAAUACUGCUUGGAUGUUUUUUCAAGGUAUAUGUUCAUGAUAGAAACAAUUCUUUAGAGAUGCAUUAUAAGUUUUUUUUUAUUUGUUGUUUAAGAGCUUUAGGUUUUAACUGCGCAAGUGAGUUUCUUCUAGCUCUAAGAUUAGUUUCAACACUAUAAUAUGUUGUUAUGCCUUUUUGUUUCAUGCUAUUUAUUAUUAAUAGUCCAUAGUUCUUUUUAAAUUGUAAGUUGCAACUCCUUUCCCAAAUUCCUCUUAAAUUAGAAGGAAUAGAUAAUCUUAAAUCAGAUCAGAUAUGGCUAACUUCUUGUGCAUUUUUUAAAUGCACAUUUAUAAAAAUCUACAAAGGUACAAAAAUAUAACAAUUUUUAUGAUAAAUUUUAUUUUGAGUGGAAUCUUUAAUAAAUGCUGGACAUAACAUAAUGGCAAUUUAAGUAGACUGGUCUCUAAAAUAAUAUUUUUCAUUGUUUGUGAAUGUAUGUAUUUAAGUGGAUAUUCCUUGAUUACAUUUCUACAUAUUUUCACUUUCCAGUUUUGUACAUCUUCUUUUUAAUUUUCAGCACUUUUUAUUAUUUAGAUCGGUGAAAAGUAGAGUAUCUAAGGAUUCAGGAUUCCUCAGUGUGUAAAGAAACCUCAGACUUGCAUUUCCUGUAUGCUUCUACAGCAUCUCAGGGGAGAAGGAAAGAAACAUCUGCCUCCACUUAAACUUCCUGUUAUAUCUAAAUCUGCAGGAAUUGUAGUUAAUUGAAAGUACGGUUAAGUCAAACAAGUCAGAAUCAAACUAUAGUAUCUGUUUCUGGCCUAUUUCUUCAUAUAUAUAAUUUAAACAAAGAUGUUUGGAGAUGUAUUUCUCCAAAAAUGUUCAUAAUUUAUUUCAAACUAGAAAUGAAUUGUUUUGGUCUCUUUCUAUGAAGCCCAACUGCUGACUCAUUCUAUGAUGCCCAACUGUGAUUCAGAUCUAAUGUUCAUAAUGCAUUUUUUUAAAGCAUUCUCUCAUCCAUGCCAAUAUGGUAACUUUUUCAAAAUACAUGGAAACUCCUGUAGGAAGUAUGCAAGUCUAUUCAUCGGCCUUGGAUUUGAGUAAAAAUGUUUGCAUGUGUUAACUACUGUACUUAUAAAAACAAAUUAGGCCAAGCUCAUAAAUAUCUUUAUGCUGUCAUUCACUCAGGUUUACAACUAUAAUGACAAGUUAUAAUGAAAUAUGUAACCUCAUAUGGAAUCUUAAGAACUUUUUAAAAAAAUGACAGCAUAUAAAACCACUUGCUCAAAAUAAACUUUGUAUGACCAUGUAUCUGCAUUCAUGUUAACCAUAAAGCACACCAUACUGAUGUAAAUCAUCCCUUAGUAAGAAGUUUAUUAUCCCACCAUGUUAUAUAAUCCUAGGAAUAAAUUUUAUGGAAUUCAAUCUGGCCAGAUGUGUAUAGAAUGACAUUGUUAUUCUUCAUUCAACAUAGAAUAUCAAAUGCUGCCGUAAGGUAAAGAGAAGAUUUUGAUUACAUUAGAUACUUGGUACUGAUAGUUGUAAAAUCUUUUUUGAUGAGAAACUUCUAUCUAGAAUCAGAGUUUCAUUUUAGUGAGGCAUACUAGUUUUUAUUUAUCAAAUAUCUACACUGUUCAUUUCACAUAAUUAAGUCUGCAUGGUUUACAAAGAACAUAAUGAAACAAUAUAAAAUAUGACUAAAAGCAAAAUAGUUAAAAACAAUUAAAUUCAAAGUUAAAAUAUAUAAGUUAAAAGUGAAAAUUAAAGUUUAAGUGUUCACAAGACUAAAAAGGUAAACUAGAUUGAGGGAGAACCCUCAAGCCACCAACCAUUCCCACAGUUGCAUAACUAUCUUAAAUCCUCAUGUUAAGUGGCAUAGCCAAGAAAACUAGAACAGUGGGGGCUCGCCUUACCUCUGGGCUAAAAUGUUCCAGAAGCAGGGGAAACAGCAAAAAAGGCCAUCUUCCUAGAUCUUGCCAGUCAAAAUUCUUUAACUGACAGGAUUCACAGCUUGCCCUCUCUGUUUAACCAGGUAUAAUGGGUUCAUGUAAUUGUGACAAGAAGGUACCUUGGAUACCCUUGUCCCAUGCCAUGACAGAUUUUAAAGGUGAUAACCAAUAUUUUAAAUUGGACCCAGAAGCCAACUGCUCACACCACUACAUUCUGCACCAGUUACAGCUUCCAGGUAGUCUUCAAGGGUAGCCUCAUGUAGAGCACAUUGCAGCAGUCCAUCUGGAAAAUGAUCAGGGCAUGAGUGAUUGAAGGGCUUCUCAAUCCAGGAAAGGGAAUUAACUGGGUACAUACCCAAACUUUAGCAAAGGCUUGAGUGCUAUCUACGAAGGAAUCAAAUACUUCCCUAUCAUUUAUAAUUAAGUUGGAUAAUUUUCAUAUUAUUAUUGCAUCUGAUAGAAUCAGCAUUAUUGUAUUACUAUGAGAAUUCUUCUGAUUCCCCAAAUUGAUUAACUGAAUAUAGUUAGAAAAUCACCAUAAUAUAAACAAGAGAAU